AUGCAACAACUCGCUUUGGAAGAACUCAAUUAUUAUCCUUCAAGCGAUGAUGAGACUUAUAUGCAUAGUUAUAUGUUUUUGGGUUCUUGUGAUGGUCUUAUUCUGAUUAAUCUAAAUCAACAUAUUUACUUGUGGAAUCCUGCCACCCGAUUUAGCACCAAAGUGCUUGAGCUUGACCGCUUGAAUGACGAUUACCGUAUAUGUGGGGGGCUUUGUUUCGAUUCCUCCAAGAAUGUUUACAAGGGACGACUUCACUGUAGUGUUAGGGUCAACAAAUCCUAUUUUGGAAAUAAUGAUGGUGAAGAUGAUGACAAUGACAGAGAUAAUGGACUUCAGGAGAGUAUGUGGGAUCGUUUCGGUCCUCGUAACCAAAUAAUUUAUUUUGAUCCUAUCUCUGAAAAGUUCAAUAUGUUUUCGGCUCCCGAGCCUAAAUCUAAUAAAGAAGAGAAUGUUAUAAUUGGUUUAGGAGUUAUAAAUGAAUGUCUCUGUAUGACUCGCUUGGAUGAUGAUAAGGACAGUGUCGAGAUACUAGUCAUGAAGGAAUAUGGAGUAAAGGAAUCAUGGACAUCCUUAAUGUUCAUAAGGAAUUUAGAAAUAAAUUCUUCUUAUGAAUUUGCAGAGCCCUUUUCCAUGACGGAGACCAGAGAAGUAGCCUUGAUAAUAGGGGCUUUUGACAAAAAAAUUACUCUAUACAAUCCUAAGGACGAUAAUAUGAGUGACGUUCCUGUAGGGAUAUUUUGCGACAUCAUUACCUAUGUGGAAAGCUUGAUCUCGCCGGAGGAAUACUACUGGAGUGAGGAGCAGCACAAAAUGAUUGAACAUAACGGUACUAAAAUAGCAUGGAUACCGAGAUGA